UCAUUUAUUCUACUGAUAUAAGAUGCAGUUUUUCAUUAAUCUUUUCAUUAUUUGUUAAUGUUUUUAUCAUGGACUAUUUGACAACGGAAAAUAAUUGUAAGUUUUGGAGAUGAGGGUUUAAUUUCUGAUACAAAAAAGAUCAUUUAAGUGAAUUGUGAUACUGAUUUUUCCUAAAGUUUCUACUAUCAGUUUUAAUUACUUUGGCUGAUCAUUUGACAUUUACCGCCUGUAUAAUGUAAGUAGAUACUUUAAUAAUAAUAAUAAUAAAAUCUAAUCUUCCUGUUCCAAUAGUCCAAUAGUUCUUACUGACAUCAUUCAUAAAAUCUCAGUGCAAAGUCCCAGCCGUGACGUCAUCGAACGACUUUGAAAAAAAAUAUGUGACGUAGUGGCCAAGAUGGCGGCUCCCCUCUCCACGAUGAAAUUUUGGAAGCCGGGGUCCGAGGCACCGGGCAUCUCCGAGGAGCGGGAGCUCAACACAGAAACCACCGGCUCCCCCAUCGUCUUCAACCCGCACACCGCCCUCUCCAUAGAGAAGCAGCGACAGAAACUCCCCGUGUUCAAGCACAGAAACAACAUCUUGUAUUUGGUGGAGAGCUUCCAGACAGUCAUCAUAGUCGGUGAGACGGGAUGUGGGAAAACCACACAGAUACCUCAGUACCUGCUGGAAGCCGGCUGGGCCGCCGAGGGGAAGGUGGUUGGCGUGACGCAGCCUCGGCGCGUGGCUGCUAUCUCGGUGGCCAACCGCGUCGCAGAGGAGCGCGGCGCGCUGCUGGGGCACGAGGUGGGCUACACCAUCCGCUUUGAUGACCGCUCCGAUCCACACGCCACGAGGAUCAAGUUCCUUACAGAUGGCAUGCUGGUGCGGGAGAUGAUGGCUGAUCCGCUCCUGAAAAAAUACAGUGUGUUGAUGCUGGAUGAAGCACAUGAGAGAACCCUGUACACAGACAUAGCCAUCGGUUUACUGAAGAAGAUUCAGAAGAAGCGGCGGGACCUCAGGGUGAUCGUGGCCUCCGCCACGCUGGAUGCCAAGAAAUUCCACGACUUCUUCAACCUGAACGAGUCCGGGGACCCGACGAAGGACACGUGUGGGAUUCUGACGGUGGAGGGACGAACGUUUCCAGUGGACGUUUUCUACACAGUCAGUCCCGUUCCUGAUUACGUUAAGGCCACAGUAGAGACGGUGCUAAAGAUCCAUGAGACGGAAGACGACGGCGACGUCCUGGCUUUUCUCACCGGACAGGAGGAGGUGGAGAAGGUGGCGUCUCUCCUGCAGGAACAGGCCCGGUCUCUGUCACGAUACGGCAUGAAGAAGCACCUGAGGAUCCUGCCCAUGUACUCUGGUUUACCGUAUGCUGAGCAGAUGAGGGUCUUCGAGAGGGUUCCCCCCUCUGUUCGCAAAGUUGUGGUUGCCACCAAUAUAGCUGAGACCUCUAUCACUAUAAACGGGAUCGUAUUCGUCAUCGAUUGUGCGUUUGUGAAGCUGCGAGCCUACAACCCUCGCACGGCCAUCGAGUCCCUGGUGGUCACGCCCAUCUCCAAAGCCUCAGCCAGUCAGAGGGCCGGGAGAGCCGGCCGCAACCGGCCUGGGAAGUGCUUCAGGCUGUACACGGAGGAGGACUUUGAGAAGCUGCCUGCCGCCACCGUGCCAGAGAUGCAGCGCACCAAUCUGGCCCCCGUCAUCCUGCAGCUGAAAGCAUUGGGCAUCGACAACGUGCUGCGGUUCAGCUUCCUUUCUCCUCCACCGGCUCAGACCAUGGUUCAGGCUCUGGAACUGCUUUACGCUCUGGGAGGCCUCGACCACUACGGCCGUCUGACCGAUCCCAUGGGCGUGCGCAUGGCCGAGUUCCCGCUCAGCCCCAUGUUUGCCAAGAUGCUCCUGGAGUCGGGCAACUUCGGCUGCUCCAAGGAGAUCGUCACCAUAGCGGCGAUGAUGCAGAUCCAGAACAUCUUCAGCGUGCCGCCCAAUCAGAAGAAAGUGGCCGCGCGGGAGCACAGGAAGUUUGCCGUUGCCGAGGGAGACCACCUCACCAUGCUGAAUGUUUAUGAGGCAUUUAUUAAGCAUCAGAAGAGCUCCCAGUGGUGUCAGGAGCACUUUCUGAACUACAAGGGCCUGCUGCGGGCCGUGACCGUUCGAGAGCAGCUCCGGCGCCUCAUGAACAAGUUUAAGGUGCCCCGGACGUCCAGUGAAGGCGACCCCGACGUGAUCCUGAAGUGCAUCGUAUCGGGAUUCUUCUCCAACGCAGCUCGCAUUCACCACUCCGGUUCCUACAGGACUUUACGGGACGAUCGUGAGCUUCACAUCCACCCCAACUCUGUGCUGUACGGAGAGAAGCCUCCAAAAUGGGUUGUUUUCAACGAAGUGGUGCAGACAUCCAAAUACUACAUGCGUGACGUGACUGCGGUCGAGUCCUCCUGGUUGGUCGAGUUGGCCCCGCACUUCUACAAGCAGGCUAAGCAUGGUUCACUGGCCAGCAAGAGAUCCAGGGUUCUGUGAGCGCAGCCACAUGAGGACAAACCUAAAGCUAGAGGGAGAAGCCUCCACUGUGCCCCUCUUCAUUCCACUGUGCAUAAAGAUGUAACUUAUAUUUAUUGUCCAUGUUCACCUGCAUUCCCACACAAAGUGGGACCAAGCUAGAAUGAAAUAGAUAUAUUUUUAGCGUCAAUGUAUUUCACCCAGUCUGUCCUACUCUUUGGCAGCGAUGUAGUUUAAAUUCGACCUGAGGGCAGAGGAAUGUGAGACGAAGCCGCGCCGUGCACGGGUUGUACAUAGUCAGAGGAGGCUCAGGCCCAGGGAGCGGCUCCUGCACCACAGCCCGGCCACACCUGGGUCUAGCUUCAUUAUUUUUCUUUAACCUGCUGUAUUUCCUCUUGCAUGAUAAAUAACGGAAGACAAAGGAAUGUGAGGAUGUUUCCCUUCGAGAGGUUUUGGUUGUUUUUAAAAUGACUUGCGUAGCUCCCUCCACAGCCUGGUGCCUUUAUGUUACGGUUGGAUUCUCUGUCUUUUUAAUCGGUACCUUCAGUCAUUUUCAGGUUAAUUCAUCUACGUUUCUCAAAUCCACUUCAGAUCUCACACUGAUACUGUGAACAGCGUCUCUCCUUCUGGCUCACUGUGUUUCAUCCCGUCUUGCCAUUUAGCAGCAGUCUAGUUCAGACGUAGUGGCCUUGUCACCACUCUGUGCCAGUGUUUUUUACCAGCCGGGUUCACAUUUCGUUGUCGGAUGGAAUGUGCAAAUACACCGGAGCGUCGUAAGCGAAAGGCUGUGAAACUAAAAACGAAGUGCCAAUUGUUCCUGUGACGACAAAGUGCGUUCCGACGUGCGUCUAAAGCCUCAGAGAUACAGUAGCAUUUUUCUGAUUCCACAUCCCUGGCAGGUUUACCUGCCUUCCUACAGGUUGUCUCUGUUAUGAGGGAGACCAUUUUGUAUUUUAUUUCUCGUCAUCAACAUCUUUUACCGGGUGUUCAGUAAAGUGGCCAGUUACAGUAUUUAUAUUAUUUCCAUGUAGACUACAAAAUGUUCUUCAACUUUUCUAUAUUCUACUUAAUUUCUCUUGGCUCUGAAAGCUUGAGGGCGGUCGUUUAACUCUACUGGAACGUACUUUCAAUCUAAUCUAAACCAAACCAAAUGACCUUGUGUCUGCAUGUGUUUUAUUAGAACCAGUGAGAACCAGUGAUGACUGUAGACUCUGUGGAACUGUACUCAAGCCACAGGACAACCAACAUAGCGUAGUUAGGCAGUUCAGCCCAAUCAAAAGGGCACGCGAGUGUAACGGUGCUGCCUUUGCAUGUUAAACUGUAGAACUCGUAGACUUAUUGUAAAGGACAACGUUUCAAACGCUGAUUUGUUCUGAUACUGAAUACGUUCGCAGCCAAAGCAGCUCUCUGUACACUUAUAAGAUAAAACUGUCAUUUCAUCCUCACAUUCUCAAAUAAAGCCUUAUUGUCAUGCG